AUGGUUGUCAUUGCGCUCAUCACGCGCUACUCGGUGUCGCUCCUCAUGCGUGCGAGCGACCUCGCCGGCGACUCGGCCGCCAAGACGUACGAGAGCCUCGGGCACCACACCAUGGGCAAGUAUGGCACGUACCUCGCCGAGUUUACCUUUAUCUUUGGCGGCUUUGGCACGCUCACGUCGUACUUUAUCUUCAUCACCGACCUCCUCUGUGCCAUCUUUGGCGUGGCGCAUGCGAACCGGGGUUACGUCACGCUGCUCUUUACAUUUGGCAUCAUUUUGCCGCUCUCGCUCAGCCGCCGCCUCGGGAAGCUGCGCCUCUCGAGCAUCCUCGCGACGUGCGCCGUCACGUACGUGGUGUGCCUCUUCUUCGCUGUCUAUCUCGUUGUGUCGUCGUCGGCGUCGUUUACGCCGGUUGCUGUGCCCGCGGUGAACAUUACAUCGACGUCGGUCUACACGGUGACGCUGCUCAUCCAGGCCUUUGCGUGCCACAACACGGCGCUGCCCGUGUACGAAGAGCUCCGCGACCGCAGCCUUGCCCGCAUGAACCGCGCGGUCGUCGGCGCCAUUGCGCUCUCGUUCCUGCUCUACACG